GUCUGUGUAUAGUAGGCACGUGUGUAGCAUAUCAAUAUAAAUACAUACAGUCAUACAGUACGGACAUAUCGAAUAGUACAUAGACCAUCCCUCUACUAUAGUAUCAGCAUGAGAUUCUUUUUGGCCAUACUGAUCGCGUUAUCGGCUGUGGUGUAUGCCGGUACGACGCCUGAAGGUUUGAAGUUUUUGUAUGAGAAUAAAGACAAGGAAGGUGUGAUCACUCUGGCAUCUGGUCUUCAGUACAAAGUACUUAGUUCAGGACCGGGUGACGGACCCUCUCCGUUAGUCAACACGCCCUGCGACUGCCACUACGAGGGCAAGUUUAUUGAUGGCAAGGUGUUCGACUCAAGCUAUGCACGCGGCCAACCGACCAAAUUUGCACCCAACCAGGUCAUCAAGGGCUGGACAGAGGCGAUGCAGCUAAUGCGUCAAGGCGACAAGUGGGAGAUGUACAUCCCGUCCGAAUUGGCAUACGGUGACAGGGGUGGUAUGAUCCCGGCAGGGGCUGUGCUUAUCUUCACCAUGGAGAUAGUCAAAGUGCACGAGACGCCGAAGCCAAAGACUGAGCUAUGAAAUGAGGCUGUACAGGAUGACUCACAGGACGAUCCCCAACUCUCCACCUUCAUGGUGUUGAUGUAUGUGGUGGGCAUGGUCGCCCUGGGGCGUUUUGUACUAUCUGCCCUCAAAACUAUUCGAGUAUAAGGACUUUCGAGCACUGCCG